GGCGAGCGCGCGAUCGAUGAGGUCAUGGAGGAGAUGCGCGCGCGGUACGGACGAUACAAACGCCUCGAGGCGGAGCUGCAGCAGGCGCGGAUACGACUCUCGACGCAGCUGCCGGACGUGCGGCGAUCGCUCGAGGCCGUGGAGACGCUGUGUGAGAAGCGCGAUCGCGGCGACGCGAGCGGGACGACGGUGAAGUAUCAGUUGACCGAGGCGACGUUCGCGGAGGCGACGGUGGAGACGCCGGAGAGCGCGUACCUGUGGCUCGGGGCGAACGUGAUGCUGGAGUACACGCUGGACGAGGCGAAGGAACUGUUGGAGACGAACGUGACGGCGUGCGAGAGCGGGCUGGAGGCGAACGCGAGGGAUUUGGCGGUUUUGAAGGACAACGCGACAAUCAUGGAGGUGAACAUGGCGCGCGUGUAUAAUUUCGACGUCAAGCGCCAGCGCGAGCGCGAGGCGGCGGCGGCGAAGUGA